AAAAAGCGGAAAGAAAUUGCUAUACUCGCUUCAAGCGUGUUCAGUUUAUAAAUCAUCAAAAUGUUGAAAGAGUUGGUGAAGGAGCGACUAAUGGCGGCGGCCGAUGAAAUAUUUGCGUUGUUUGAAAGAGCGAUAGCGUCAUACGAGGAGGACAUUUCUCGAACAAGAGAGGAAAAGGAGCGACGUCGACGACAACUGGACGCUGUUAGCAAGAGCCAGACUGUGCUACAAACUAAAGACGUCCAGCAGCUCAUUAGUCAUCAAGAAGAACACACUCCUCACCUGUGGGGCACUUUGGAGCAGGGCCCACGGCCCUCUCACAUUAAAGAGGAAGAGGAUGAACUCUGGAUGACUCGGAGGGGUGAGUGUCUUCUAGGGCUGAAGGAGGCCGAUCUCAUCAAGUUGCCACUGACUGUUGUCUCUGUGAAGACUGAAGACCAUAAAGAGGAACUUCAAGCAGACAACCUUUUAGCUCCACUCUCAGACUGGAAAGACACAUUAUCACACUCUCCUGAGCAAAGACCCUGGAGCAGUGACACAGACUGUGAAGGUGAUAUGAGGAGUCACACUGACUCAAAAGACAAGAAGACGGAUCAAAAACAUUGGACUUGUACAGUCUGUGAUAAAAGCUUUUCUAAUAAGGGUCAUUUAAAUCGACACAUGCUGACACACACCGGCGAAAAACCUUUUUGUUGUUCAGUUUGUAAUCAAAGUUUCCGUCAACAGUCUCAGGUCGCUUCGCACAUGAGAACACACACGGGCGAGAUGCCUUUCCGUUGUUUAGCUUGCGGCCAGAGAUUCUCUCAAAGGACAAACUUGUUGACACACGUGAGGACGCACACCGGGGAAAGACCUUUCGGUUGUUCAGCUUGCGGCGAGAGAUUCUCCAUAAAGGCGAAUAUGGUCAAACACAUGCAAACACACGCAGGAGAAAAAACAUGUUCAUGUUCAAUCUGUGGCAAGACGUUCACUCGGCAGGACACUCUAAUGGCACACAUGCGGGCACACGCGGGAGGAAAAGCUUUCAGUUGCUCCGUCUGCGGUAAGGGAUUCUCCCAAAAGGUACGUAUGGAAUCGCACAUGUGGACGCACACGGGAGAAAAAGCUUUUAGGUGCUCGGUUUGCGGUCAACGGUUCUCUCGAAAGUCGAACAUGGUCAAACACAUGAGCGCGCACGCAGGCGGAACAACAUAUUCCUGUUCUCUUUGUGCUAAAACAUUCACUCUGCGCGACAAUUGGACAGCGCACAUGAGGACACACGAUGGAGGGUAAACGUUUUACUGUGCGCGUCACAUGUGAGAAGUCACCUCAAAAAUGAGGAUCUUCAAGAUGUGUGUAUACUAGAUUCCCCUAUUGGUUAAAAGUAGAGAUGUCCGAUAACAUACCUGCCAACUACUCCGGUUUCCCCGUAAUUAGUACGGUUUUCAUCAACCUAUUCCGGGUUACGGUUGCAGUGAUAAAAAAUACGGUUUUUCAUUAAUUACAUUUUUUUUUUUUUUUUAAAGUUUUAUUCACGAAAUCGCGUAACAACAAUGACAAUCGACACUGCUUCCCGUAACUUCCUAUCGAGCCAUUCCGAAUGCCAUGCGCGAGGCUAUUUAUAGCACCGCUGCCAAGCACGAGGCACCU